AUGGAGCAAGCAGGGGUCAUGACAAUUACUUCUACCAAAGAAGGAUCCAUAACUUCUAUUCAAGCGGUUUAUGUACCUGCAGACGAUUUGACCGAUCCUGCCCCUGCUACCACAUUUGCACAUUUAGAUGCUACUACCGUACUAUCAAGAGGAUUAGCUGCCAAAGGGAUCUAUCCGGCAGUAGAUCCUUUAGAUUCAACCUCAACCAUGCUUCAACCUCGGAUCGUUGGUGAGGAACAUUAUGAAACUGCGCAAAGAGUUAAGCAAACUUUACAACGUUAUAAAGAGCUUCAGGACAUUAUAGCUAUCCUUGGGUUGGACGAAUUAUCCGAAGAGGAUCGUUUAACCGUAGCAAGAGCGCGAAAAAUUGAGCGUUUCUUAUCACAACCCUUUUUUGUAGCCGAAGUAUUUACCGGUUCUCCGGGGAAAUAUGUUGGUCUAGCAGAAACCAUUAAAGGGUUUCAAUUGAUCCUUUCCGGAGAAUUAGAUGGUCUUCCUGAACAGGCCUUUUAUUUAGUAGGGAAUAUCGAUGAAGCUACCGCGAAGGCUAUCAACUUAGAAAUGGAGAGCAAUUUGAAGAAAUGACUUUAAAUCUUUGUGUACUGACCCCUAAUCGAAUUGUUUGGGAUUCAGAAGUGAAAGAAAUCAUUUUAUCUACAAAUAGUGGUCAAAUUGGCGUAUUACCAAAUCAUGCUCCUAUUGCUACAGCUGUAGAUAUAGGGAUUUUGAGAA